GUACACCUGGUGUGAAAAUUCUCAUGCCUGCACUUUCUCCUACAAUGGAAGAAGGAAACAUUGUGAAAUGGUUAAAAAAGGAAGGUGAGACGGUGAAUGCUGGAGAUGCAUUGUGUGAAAUUGAAACGGACAAAGCAGUGGUGACCAUGGAAUCCAGUGACGAUGGCAUAUUGGCUAAGAUACUGUUGGAAGAAGGAAGCAAAAAUGUACGCUUGGGCUCACUAAUUGGUCUGCUGGUAGAGGAAGGACAGGACUGGAAGCAAGUUGAAAUACCAGCUGAUGGUAGUGAUCCAUCUUCUGUGGCUCCACCGGCACCUGCACUUACCUCAGCUCCUGCGGGCCCUUUGGUUUCAGUCCCUCCUAAACUGGAACAUCACCUUGGAAAGCUGCAGGUUCGCUUAAGUCCUGCAGCUCGCAACAUUCUGGAGACUCAUGGACUAGACCCAAGCAACGUUACACCUUCUGGGCCUCGAGGAAUCUUCACUAAAGAGGAUGCUCUCAGACUUCUGCAACAGCAGCAGAAGGGCAAACCCAGUGAAUUGAAACCUGUGAUUUCUCCAGCUCCUCCCCAGCCUACUGCAGUGCCUUCUGCUUCGCAAGCGCCGGCUGCGACUUCUGCUUAUCCAAGGCCAGCAGUUCCACCAGUUUCCACACCAGGACAAUCUGCUGCACUGGGCACAUUCACCGAAAUCCCAGCUAGCAACAUCCGAAGAGUUAUUGCUAAGAGAUUAACGGAGUCUAAAACUACUAUACCUCAUGCAUAUGCUGCUGCUGACUGUGACAUUGGUGCUGUUUUGCAAUUGAGAGCAGAAUUGGCCAAAGAUGACAUUAAAGUAUCUGUAAAUGAUUUUAUUAUCAAGGCAACUGCAGUUACUCUGAAGCAAAUGCCAGAUGUCAAUGUAACCUGGCAUGGGGAAGUCUGCAGGCAGUUGCAGUCCAUUGACAUUUCUAUUGCUGUGGCAACAGACCGAGGUCUCAUUACACCAAUCAUAAAAGAUGUUGCUGCCAAGGGAAUAAAGGAAAUUGCUGCCUCUGCAAAGGCUCUGGCAAAGAAAGCAAGAGAUGGAAAACUGUUACCAGAGGAGUACCAGGGAGGAUCUUUUAGUAUCUCCAACCUGGGCAUGUUUGGCAUCAAUGAUUUCACUGCAGUCAUAAACCCUCCUCAGGCCUGCAUCCUAGCUGUGGGCCGAGCAAGACCAGAGCUCAAGAUUGUGGAAGAUGAAGAAGGGAAUGAGAAACUUAAGCAGCAUCAGCUCAUGACAAUGACUCUUUCAAGUGAUGGUCGGGUGGUAGAUGAUGAACUGGCUUCCAAGUUUCUGGAGACUUUGAAAGCCAACAUAGAGAAUCCAGUGCGACUUGCCUUGUGUUGAACUUGGUUGUCAUGUUUUGACAACAGAUAACUGUUGCGUACUUAGGAUUGUUUUUCUGAAUAGAGGAGUAGUUACUGUGCGAUGGAAGUUAAAAUAUUUAAUUUAUUGAAUUAAAGUGAAAACCUAUUAAUUUUCAUGCUUUCAGUCUUUUGCAA